AUGUUCGACAGCCCCUACAUGUACCCGCCCCAGCGGUAUCUCCCGGCAAAGGCCACCGGCUCCGAUUCCAGCGACGCCGGUAACUUCAAUAUUUCCAGUGUUCGACUCCGUGUAGGAGCCCCUCCUCCAAUGGGGCUUCCUCUGAACAACGAGUGGAACGCGCAAUGCAGCCUCAUAUCUGAUGAGCUCGGGCGGGGCGUCCUGGAGAGCGAGACAAAGAAAAUACUCUCUGCCGAAGGUGUGACCGAUGUCAUCUCCGUCGAACUCACGCCACGAGACGUCGAACUCACGUGCCAAGAGGGCCGCCCAACUAUAUUCAUCGUGGCACGCUGGGAGGAUGGCUACUCGGAUCUCUGGGAGGCUGUGGUACGGAAAGUGAAGAAGCUCGUCGACUCGAAGCGGCUCACAAGCGAGAAACUUGGCGAUAUCGACAUCACCGUCGAGAUGAUUGCCGAAGAGCUCACGCUCAAAAAAUACAUGUCUGCAAUCCCGGAAGAGAUCCUCGCUGGAGGGUUGGAGAGGGACUGCCCGGGCAUCAAGAGUCGAGUGAUUGAAAUCCUGGACAGUCACAGCGCCACAAAGGGGAUGGGCGAGAUAACUCUUUGUAAACUUGGCUUCUCCCCCCAGGACAGCGAAAACCCGGACACCGUCUAUGUGUCGACCGAUUACGAGUCGGACGAAUCCAAAUGGCCCCCCAUAAUGGAAGAAAUAAAACAGUAUCUCAAGGAGGUCGACUACGCCCAGCUCCACGUCCAAUUUGAACACGGCAUGUCCGAUGCACUUCUAGGACUGCAACAAGUCAGCAAAGAACCUAUGUGUUCCGGAAAAGAAGGGAAAGAAAACGGGGGCGGAAACUUGAGCCGUGGAAUCGAGGGUUUGUCUCCACUCUUUGCCGCUGCUUGA